AAGAAGUGUCAGGUACUUAGUAUGGUGAUGUUAUUAUUAAAGACGGACCGCUUAAACUCAUAGAAAUAAUUAACUGAGUUGUGAAAUGAAUACACAAUUUCUGGUGCACUUUUUGAGGAGAUUUCGCUUGAAUCCAGUGGUCAUAAAGAAAUUUUGUCAACCAAUUUCGUCGUCAAUCAGUACAAAUUGUCGAUCACCGCUGAUCCAACAUCAAAAACUAGGCACACAACUAGGAGGAGGAAACUGUCUUCUAGCUGCUGGUAUCCUUUCAAUGUUUUCAAAGGAUGAAGAGACUCCCGAAGAUAAGCUCGCCAACAACAUAAAAUGGUCCAUAUUAUACAUUCAGCGUGGUGAGCUACAUAAGGCUGAACAGAUGUUACACUUGGCUUUGCGUAUGGCACAGGAUUUGCAGAAUAAGGACGGUAUAACGUACGUUUACGAUAUUAUGGCCAAUUUGGCUAUGGAACGGGGCGAAUUUAAAAAAGCUGAAAAGUUGUUUGUGACGGUGAUGCAGAGAUUACUAGGCGAUGGUUAUGCACAAGACGAUAUUAAAAUGCUGCACAUAAGUUCAAAAAUUGCGGAAAUCAAAUUUCAUUCGGGAGAUCUGGCAUCAGCCGAACAGGGUUUCAAAUGGACGAUUGAAAAAUUGGACAAAAAAAUGGUUGAACCGAAGGAUGAUUCGGAAUUGCUUGAACUCUGGGGCAUUACGAAAGACAACUACGCUCAGUUGUUGAUGCUGCAGGGGAAGUUUGACGAGGCCAAAAUUUGUCUAACUCAAGCCUUUGACGUUCAUUGUCAAAUCCAUGGAAAAAAUAAUCCGGAAGUGGCAACGUUAUUGAAUAACUUAGCUGUUGUCUGCACAAGUACAAAUGACCUCGUACAAGCGGAAGUAUACCUUACCGAGGCCAUGGAAUUAGCAAAACAUUUUCCGGAACUGCACGAUUCGGGCAUUUUUCAAGCCAAUCGGGGACUACUGUUUAUUAAGCAAGGAUUACUAGACGAAGCAAAGAAAAUCUGUACGUUCGCGUGGCGAUCAGCGAAGAAAGUUGAAUCGGAUGAUGGAGUCCAACAAGCAGAUUAUUGUUUGAAACAAUUGAAAGAAUUGGGAGUGUAGUGUGUACAGUGUACAGUGAUUGGGUCCUUAGUGCAAUUUUGUUAUUGUUGUCGAUUUUGAAUAAAAAUUUAUUUAUUGAAAUUCCGAUUGU